AUGAUUGCAGACCCUGGAAAUCGCAAACCAAUUGAUGAUUAUGAACCUGAAAUUAGAGACCAAGUAAAGAGAGCAUAUGCUUUGAGUGGUCCAACCCAACCUCGUGAAUUUCAAUUUCCUCGUAAAUGGAUUGGUGGUGAAUGGAGAUCAUUUCAAAAGACUUGGUUUGAUGAAUUUGAUUGGCUAGAGUAUAAUGUUGCCAGAUUUCUCAUAUCGCAAGGGGAUGCUUUCCGUGGACAUGAUGAGACUUCUUCUUCCCUCAACAAGGGAAACUACAGAGAGAUGGUUGAAUGGUACAAAAAUAAGGUUGAGGUAGUGAAGGAGGCAUAUGAAAAAGGUUCUAAAAAUUGUCAGAUGUUAUCUCAUCAUAUACAGAAAGACCUUACAAAAGCUUGUGCGGAGGAAGUCACGGCUGUCAUUAUGGAUGAGAUUCGAGGAAGAAAAUUUUCGGUGCUUAUUGAUGAGUCUCGAGAUGUAUCAAUUAAGGAGCAAAUGGCGGUGAUUCUAAGGUUUGUGAAUGAUGAAGGGAAAGUGGUGGAGAGAUUUCUUGGACUUCAGCAUGUUGAGAGUUGUACAACUAUUGCAUUGAAAGAUUCUUUGGUCGGUAUGCUUUCAAGUCACAAUUUGUCAAUCUCUAUGCUUCGUGGACAAGGGUAUGAUGGAGCUUCUAAUAUGAGAGGUGAAUUUAAUGGGGUCCAGAAAUUGAUUCGUGAUGAAAAUCCUUAUGCUUUCUAUGUGCAUUGUUUUGCCCAUCAAUUGCAACUGGUGGUUGUUGCCGUUUCAACAUCUAGUGCAGACAUUGCAGAUUUCUUUAACUAUGUUCCUUUAAUAAUCCAUAAUGUGGGUGCAUCUUGUAUGAGAAAGGAUGCCUUGCUUGCAAAGCAUCAUGAUGUGUUGCUUGAAAAGAUUGAGAAUGGUGAGAUUAUGACUGGAAGUGGUUUGAACCAGGAAAGUAGCCUAGCUAGGCCUGGAGAUACUAGGUGGGGUUCACAUCUUAAAACUUUGCUUCGCAUUUUGGUGAUGUGGGAGGCUAUCAUAGAUGUCCUUGAGAUAGUGAAGAAAGAUUCCAUUAAACCAACAUGUAAUGGUGGAGCUUUAGGUUUAAUUGGAAAAAUGGAGAGCUUUGAUUUUGUGUUCAUCCUGCAUUUGAUGAUAGAGUUGUUGAGCAUGACAGAUAUGUUGUCACGUGCUUUGCAAAGGAAGGAUCAAGACAUAGUUGAAGCAAUGCAUUUGAUCACUGAUGUGAAAGAUGGCCUACAGGACAUGAGGAACAAUGGAUGGGAGCCGUUACUCAGAAAAGUGAAAACAUUCUGUGAGAAGAAUGAGAUUGAAGUGCCAGAUAUGGAUAAGGAAAUAAAUGUUAGAGGGACAUCUAGACGUAGAAAGCAAAAGGUAACAAACAAGCAUUACUAUCAUGUUGAGAUUUUUCUUGUUGCCAUUGACGCCAUCUUGACUGAGCUGAAUCAUCGGUUUAGUGAAAUUAGUUCAGAGUUAUUAGUAUGCAUGGCUUGUUUUAACCCAAGGAAUAACUUCUCUAAUUUUGAUGUGGACAAACUUGUGAGGCUUGCUGAAAUUUAUGUCGAGGAUUUUGAUAUUGGUGACCUUAUUGUUUUGCCAAAUCAACUUAGACAAUUCAUCAACCGUGCUAGAAGAACUCCAGAUUUUCUUGGAUGCACUGAACUUGGAAAAGUUGUUGAAAUUAUGGUCAAGAAUAAUAUGCACACAUCUUACAAAUUGGUUUAUCGUCUCAUUGAGCUAACCUUGAUACUACCUGUGGCAACGGCUUCAGUUGAGAGGAUAUUUUCAGCCAUGUCCAUUGUAAAGAUAGAUUUGCGUAAUAAAAUGGGUGAUGCAUGA